AUGCAGACCGAGUCAUGGGCAACUAAUGAGACAUUAUAUAAUAUUAACUCAACAGGUACCAAUCAAAAUGCAAACGUUACCGAGCUUGCAGACCCAAUCGAAAACAAAGCAAUCCAAGCCGCUUUCUGUACAGUGUACACAAUUAUUUUUGUCGUCGGCAUCUUCGGUAAUGCAUUAGUUUGCUAUGCUGUUAUUAGAAACCGGGCAAUGCAAACUGUCACAAAUUUGUUCAUCACGAAUCUAGCGCUCUCUGAUAUAUUACUGUGUGUGUUUGCCGUACCAUUUACACCUCUUUACACUUUCCUAGGGAGAUGGGUGUUUGGAAGCUUGUUAUGCCAUAUCAUGCCUUAUGCUCAAGGCUGCAGCGUCUAUAUCUCAACCCUAACAUUGACAUCGAUAGCGAUAGACAGAUUUUUUGUAAUCAUAUAUCCCUUUAAGCCCCGAAUGAAGAUAAAAACUUGUAUUGGACUGAUAAUUUUCAUUUGGGUUUUUGCGUUAUCAGUAACAUUUCCAUAUGGAUACUACAUGGGAUUACAGGAUAUCUAUUGUGCUGAGGAGUGGCCAUCAGAUCAGAUUCGAAAAGCCUUUGGAGCAGUCACAACAAUCAUGCAGUUUGUUAUACCCUUUAUAGUAAUGGCAUUCUGUUAUACAUGCGUUAGUAUAAAACUAAAUGAUCGCUUAAAGUCAAGACCCGGUAGUAAAAAUAGUAAAAAGGAAGAUGCAGAACGUGAAAGAAAGAGAAGAACAAAUAGAAUGCUCAUUGCAAUGGUAGCUAUUUUCGGUCUUUCCUGGUUACCACUAAACCUUAUAAAUAUUAGUAGUGACUUUUAUUCCUUAGCUGAGGCUUGGAGGUACUAUAUGGUAUUAUUUUUCGUUGCACACUUUAUAGCAAUGUCUUCCACGUGUUACAAUCCAUUUCUAUAUGCUUGGUUAAAUGAAAACUUCAGGAAAGAAUUUAAACAAAUACUUCCCUGCUUAGGCGCAUUUGUAAUUAGAAAGUCAAAACGUAAGUUUAAUCAGUCAGAGAGAACGGGUAUGUAUCGAUCGGAAAAAUCAUGUAAUGGUAAUGAAACUGUACAAGAAUCACUACUAACAUCGACUGUAAAUACAAGUAGAUUACCUUCAAAUAGACAUAAAAUUGAAUUCAACGACAAAUUAAAAACAUAUGAAGACGAAAAUAUAAGUCCAGAUGAUAAACCAGAUGAAAAUCCAAGUCCUAAUGAAGACUGUAUUAAAAUGUACAUGUUUGUAGAUAAGUCGGUAACAACGUCUGAUAAGGAGCCUAUUGUAUCUGCCUUGUAG